AUGACACCUACAACUACCACCAAGACCGUUGAGGAAACUCCCAAGGAGAGCCCUCCUCCUAAGAAGGCGGUCGAAAUGAACGAGGUUCUGGACCAGAGCACUUUUGAUCAGAUCCUGGAGAUGGACGACGAUGACGACAGAGACUUCAGCAAAGGAAUUGUGUAUGGAUUCUUUGAUCAGGCCGAGACCACAUUCGAGAAGAUGGAGAAGGCUUUAGAAGAGAAGAAGCUCGAGGAGCUUUCUUCGCUGGGACAUUUCCUGAAGGGAUCGUCGGCAACGUUGGGUCUGAGCAAGGUCAAGGAGCACUGUGAGAAGAUUCAGCACUAUGGCUCAGGUAAAGACGAGACUGGCACGGCCGACGAGCCCGAUGAGGAGACCUCGUUGAAGAACAUUAAGAAGACCCUGACCGAAGUCAAGAAGGACUACAAAGAAGUAGAGCAGGUUCUCCGCAACUUUUAUGGGGAGGAGAAGAAGCCUUCCCCUGUGUCCUCGCCCUCCUCUAAGUGA